AUGGAGCCAAGAGUAUCAACAUCUCAACCCUCCACCAACCCGCCGAGCGUCGAAAUCGCCUACAAACGCAAAUGCAUCGCACUCAAGAAACGCCUCAGCGAAAUCGAAGCCGAAAAUGAACUCAUGCGCGUCCGCAACCAGCGUGGCUGGCAAUACAUUCAGAAAAUGCGUCUAGAGUCCUGCAUCCUCCUCGAACGUCUCGCUACCAUCACAGGAAUGACCGACGAGGCCCAACAAGCAGGGGCGAGCCCGGAAUUGCGCGCCCGCGCUGCGGCUCUGGUCUCCAACACGUCAAGCUUGAACGGUGUUGCUGCGACAAGGAACGGGUCGGGGUCGGGGUACUAUGAGGAUGAGACCGAGGGGAGCUCGGACGAGCAACCUCCCACACCGCAAGAACGUCCCCUCCGCGUGAAGCGAUCUCGCAAGUCAAACAUUAACCUCGACGACGAUGAUGUGCCUGGCGGUACAACACCCGAGCCGGCCGGGACGUCCUCGACAUGGCCGCGGUUAGCGCCGGCCCCGUCACAAGAGGAAAUGACAUCCACCUUCAGGAUUCAGCAGGGAAACGGGUCGGGGGCGGAGAAAGAUACUCCCAACCCAAGUGAUCAGGAAUCCCAGUUCAGAGAGGUCUCACGGGAACGCGCAGACGCUCUAGCGGAGAAUUCGGCGACCCCGAUGGAUCUCGAUGCGACAGAGCCGAAGGAGGAAAGCUAG